UGGAGAAUUGCAAAAAAAGGCAGUCUGGUGACCAUGGUGCAAAGUGCCCAUCUCGGUGAGGAAGGAAAGUCAGGGGAUGUGUGGAGGGAACCCUGACUCACCACAAUGCAGCUGGCAGAGGCUAAAUGCCUGUGGCCCCAUAGGCAAUAACUACACCUGACUGAGGAACUGCUCUCAAAUGAACGAAGCAUGGGUACGUUUCAUGUCUCAAUGCUGACAGACACUCACUACAGCACUGACAGGAUCAUACAUGGCAUGGGCAGACAGAUGUGUGUGUCUGCUGGUACUGAUAAGCUACAGAAACACACAUCUGUGACACACAUGCACACAAGUGGACAGGGGGAAGAAUAAAGCAACAAUGUACUGCUGUAGAUACAUACACAUGUACUGCAUUGAUUGAGUAUAUAAGGGAUAGAGAUAGAAUGAUAAGAUAGAUAAAAAUAAGGAUGCAGAAAUAGAAUAUUGAUUUUGAGAGAUAGAUAGAGAGAAAGAAUGAGAGAUAAAUGGAUAAAAUGAUACAAUUAUGAAGAGAUAAAGAGAGGGAUAGAGAGAUAAAAUAUUGAUUGUGAGAGAUAGAUAGAUAGAGAGAGAGAGAGAGAUCUUGAAUGUAAGUACAUGAGUGGUGGUGGGGCUUGGAGAGAAUUUAGAGAUAUUAACCCUUUGUGUCAGUGAUGAAAGCUAUGCACAUAAGCCCUUUAUAGCAUUCAUUGAGUGUGCAUUGGAUGUAUAAUCAUGUGCAAUCUGUUUGUAUAAAUAAGGAAAAAUUACUUCUAGCCUUUUACUUGUAGGUGUCAACCCUUAUCGGUUACUAAGUGGAUCAGCUGUAUCUAUGCUAAUAGCUCUGUUGGUAUGUUUCAUGGUUAUGCUGUCAUCUGCUGAACGCGGGUGCCCUCCAGGAUGUAGAUGUGAUGGAAAAAUGUUUUAUUGUGAAUCUCAGAAGCUGCAGGAAAUCCCAUCAUCUUUAUCUCCUGGCUGUAUAGGUUUAUCUCUCCGAUAUAACAGUCUUCACGUACUGAAGUACAAUCAGUUUAAAGGUCUCAAUCAGCUCACUUGGUUGUAUUUAGACCACAACCAUAUUAGUGAUAUUGAUGAAAAUUCCUUCAAUGGGAUUCGUAGACUCAAGGAAUUGGUUCUUAGUUCUAACAGGAUCUCUCUUAUUUUAAAUAACACUUUUCAACCAGUGACAAACUUGAGGAAUUUGGAUCUGUCUUAUAAUAUCAUUCAGACACUGAGACUUGGGCAGUUUAAAGGCUUAAGGAAGCUGCAGAGUUUACAUCUAAGGUCAAAUUUACUGAGAACAAUCCCCGUAAGGAUAUUCCAAGACUGCAGAAACCUAGAACUUUUGGAUUUAGGAUAUAACAGAAUUAGAAGUUUAGCCAGGAAUGUCUUCACUGGAAUGAUCAGGUUAAAAGAACUCCAUUUGGAACACAACCAUUUCUCAAAGCUCAACCUUGCUCUCUUCCCAAGACUAGUCAGUCUUCAGAAUCUCUACUUACAAUGGAAUAGGAUCAGUUUUAUAGGCCAGACCAUGUCUUGGACUUGGACAUCCCUACUAAGGCUGGAUUUAUCUGGUAAUGAGAUAGAAGCUUUCAGUGGACCCAGUGUAUUCCAAUGUGUUCCCAACUUACAACGUCUCAACCUGGAUUCCAACAAACUAACCUUCAUUGGCCAAGAAAUUCUGGACACCUGGAUAUCUCUCACAGACAUAGGUCUUGCAGGAAAUAUUUGGGAGUGUAGCCGGAACAUAUGUUCUUUGGUAAACUGGCUGAAGAACUUUAAAGGUUUGCGGGAUAAUACAAUUAUUUGUGCGGGCCCUAAAGAUCUUCAGGGGGAGAAUGUAAUGGAGGCAGUCAGAACUUAUAACAUUUGCAGCAAAAGCAUUACAGAGAGCCGGGAACUGAAAAAUAAUGAAAGGAGUCCAGUCGUAAAACACAACAUUGUCAGAACUAAACACGAUAGCAACUAUUCAAUGCCACCAACUGUUGCAAUGACAGGAUCUGUGCACGAGAGCAGUGGGGAUUCAGAGAUUAUCUCUUUACAUAAAAUCAUAGCAGGAACUGUUGCAUUGAUCUUAUCAGUGCUGGUGAUAUUUCUAGUCAUCUAUGUUUCGUGGAAAAGAUCUCCUGUAGGCAUAAGACAUCUGCAGCAGGGUUCUCUUCUAAAAAAACACAGACAUUCAAAUAGGUCACCAAUAACACAGAUGCCUCCAUCAUCCCAGGAAUUUUAUGUAGACUACAAACCGGCAAAUAGGGAUGAGUCUGAGAUGACAAUAAAUGGUUCUGGGCCUUGUACAUAUAACAAAUCAGGCUCCAGGGAAUGUGAGGUGUAAAAUAAAGGAAUAAAGUGAUUUUAAACAUCUGCAACUUUUUCUUUUACUGAGAUCAUGUGUUUUACUGUGGAUUUACCAUGUACUCAAAGAUGGCUCGUUGGGGAAAAAAAGUUCUCUCUUUUUUUGAAGGCUCCCUAGUUUGGAUUUUUCUAUUCAAUUAUAUAUGCAUAUAACUAUCUACUAGUAUAUACAUAUGUAAUGUUUCACAAACAUGUUACUAAGGC